AGUCUUGACUGAUGGGACCCCGUGUGUGGGAAAAUCCCACAGCCAAAGAGUUGCGGCAUUCACAUGCUAAUGUUGCCCUAUAAAUACGAGGGCCGUGGCGCGCCGAGGGCCCUAGAGACGCGCUCAGAUUAACGGGAGAAGACACAGGAGCGGACAGACACCAGAGGGAAGCAAGAGCAUGACUGCUUCAUCCAUGGCGCACAACAUGGGGAAACAUCCCGUCGCCAAGGCGGAGAGAAAGCUCAGGAAGCCGCUCAUUGAGAGGAAACGGCGGGAGAGGAUCAACACUUGUUUGGACCAGCUGAAAGACACUGUGAUCGGAGCGUUCAGACUUGAUCAAUCCAAGCUGGAGAAAGCCGACAUCCUGGAGAUGACAGUGAAACAUCUGCAGGACAUCCAGAGCAUUAAACUCAGCGAUUCCUCAUCAGGCCUGGCGGCCCAGCAGAAAUACAGCACGGGCUACAUCCAGUGCAUGCAUGAGGUCCACAACAUGCUGCUCACGUGUGACUGGAUGGACAAGACUCUGGGCUCCCGCCUGCUCAACCACCUCCUCAAGUCCCUGCCCAGGUCCUCCGACGAGCAUCACCUCACCCAGUCCACGCGCAGACACAGCGUCCCCCCUCCAGCCACCCAAGUUAUCCCCGGGACACCCCUCAGAGGGGAGUGCCUGUCUGGGAGGCAGCUCCAGAGAGAGGGGCCCAACUGCCAUGUAGCUGGACAUCAGGAAAGGGCCGCAAUGCACAGCUCCCACCUGGGGAUGCUGGAGAUGUGGAGGCCCUGGUGAAUGGGUGAAUUAAUGAUCUUGGUUCUCCAUUUUCUUAGACCAUCCUCUGUUAUGUAUCUUAUAGAUAUGGUGCUCAGAAGACAAACCUGUGGGACAGUUUGGUUCCAGUGAUUAUUAUUGUAGGUGUGCUUUAAUGAUCCUUUUCUCAGUACUUCUCUUCAGAAGUCGACUUCUUGUAGCCUGCAUUAUAGAAGGCUCUUAUUAAUCUUUCAUGUAUUUAUUGUAUUAACAGCUUUAUUUAUUUGAUGUUAUAAGGCAUGACUUUGCUUCUUAGACCACUUGCUUGCUGUUGCAUAGAUUUGUAUGUCUUCCUCCACUACUGUAAAAUUAACCUAAACAUUAUAAU